AGUGGAGGGAGGAGGGUCCUCCACUUCAGCGACCUGAGUAGGAAACGUACGGCUCGGACUGCCACCCAUCCAUCUAUCGUCGACACCCUCCGCUGCAACAAUGAGCUCCGUGCCCGGCUACGAGCGUCACGAGUCGGCCAGCACGUGAGCAGUGAGCCCGGUAGUCACCCGCCACCACCGUGAUGAAGGUGCUGAAGGGCUGCGGUAUGCGCUCCUCUGUGGGCUUUCUGUCCCGCCGCGGGUUGACGGGGCAGCCGCUAAUGAAGGACGAGUUCCAACGGCGAAGGCUAGCCGGCUGCACCAGCCUGUACAAGAAGGACUUGCUCGGACACUUCGGCUGCGUCAACGCCAUCGAGUUCUCCAACAACGGCGGAGAGUGGUUGGUGUCCGGGGGAGAUGACCGCCGGGUGCUCCUGUGGCACAUGGAAGAAGCCCUCCACUCUCGUGCUAAGCCACUCAAGCUGAAGGGAGAACAUUUGUCCAACAUCUUCUGCCUUGCCUUUGACAGCAGCAACAAGAAGGUUUUUUCUGGAGGAAACGACGAGCAGGUGAUUCUUCAUGACGUGGAGAGGCGAGAGACGCUCAACGUCUUCCUGCACAUCGACGCCGUGUAUAGCCUCUCAGUCAGUCCGGUAAACGACAACGUCUUCGCCAGCUCAUCGGACGAUGGCCGCGUCCUCAUCUGGGACACCCGGGAGCCGCCGCAUGGAGAACCGUUCUGCCUGGCCAACUACCCGUCAGCCUUUCACAGUGUGAUGUUCAAUCCGGUGGAGCCCCGACUGCUGGCCACCGCCAAUUCCAAGGAAGGUGUCGGGUUAUGGGACAUCCGCAAACCACGCAGCACACUGCUGCGCUACGGUGGCAGCAUGUCACUGCAGAGUGCCAUGAGUGUGCGCUUUAACAGCACUGGCACACAGCUGCUAGCGCUGCGUCGCCGCCUACCGCCCGUCCUCUACGAGCUACACUCGCGCCUACCCAGCUUCCAGUUUGACAACCAAGGCUACUUCAACUCCUGCACCAUGAAAAGCUGCUGCUUCGCUGGCGACCGCGAUCAAUACAUCCUGUCCGGCUCUGAUGACUUUAACCUCUACAUGUGGAAAAUCCCCACGGACCCUGAAACAGUAGGUCGCGUGGUGAACGGGGCAUUCAUGGUCCUGAAAGGCCACCGUUCCAUCGUCAACCAGGUCCGCUUUAACCCGCACACGUACAUGAUUUGUUCCUCUGGUGUGGAAAAAGUCAUCAAGGUGUGGAGUCCUUACCAGCAGCCCGACAGCCUGGGUGAUCUGGACGGGUGCGUGGAGGACAAAUGCCGCAGCCUGUACACACAUGAGGAGUACAUCAGUUUGGUGCUCAACAGCGGCAGCGGCCUGUCGCACGACUAUGUCAGCCAGUCCAUCCAGGAGGAUCCGCGCAUGAUGGCCUUCUUCGACUCACUGGUGCGCCGCGAGAUCGAGGGCUGGAGCUCCGAUUCCGACUCGGACCUCAGCGAGGACGCAAUCAUGCAACUGCACGCCCGUGGACGUCGAACCACCCGCGCGGCGGCGGCCGCGGCUGCUGAGGGCAUACCCGGAGCCGCGGUCAGACCGGACGACUCUGAUAAUUCCAGCUCAGGAGGGGACGACGACGGGCGGGCCAGAAGGCGGGGCAGCCGGCCACCGUCGGGCUUAGUGGCCAACGAUGACUCGGACUCCAGUGAAUUCUGGCUGAACCCCAUGCCGCGCCCUCGCUCUCCGAGCCCGCGCGACUACGCCACCUUGUCCAUCCCUUCGUCCACUUCUCCCUCGCUACCCGCCGGGGCCUCCAGCCCCUCGGCCAGCGCCUCCAGCUCCAGCAGCGAGGACGAGGAACGACGGAGCGCCGUACGCCGGCGCAACGUGAUGAGGCGGCGACGCUCGCGGGUGGCCUCGCGAGCCGGCGAGCGGCCCGACACGGACCACGGCGGCGAGGCGCUGUUCUCCGCCGUCGACUCAUGCAGCUACCCGUCCAUAUCCGUCCACGACUCGACGUCGUCGUCGGAGGAACUGGAACGCGGUGGCGGGAAACAACGUCUCAGCCUGUCGGAUUUGGUGUGCGGCAGCCCGGUGAUGUCGCCCGAAAGUCGGGACGAAAGGAGCGAGCCCGCAGCGCGACGGCACGGCAGGACCGAUGCAGUCUCAGACGACGGAGACGCGGGCGCGAACAGCUGCUGCCGAGACACCGCCACCGGACAGCCGGACGACGAGGUUGCCGAUGAAGAUGCGGCAGCGGCGGACACAAGGACGGGAGAAAGGCUAAAACUCCCCACGCAGAAGAGGACUCACACGGGAUCAGAAGAGGGUGAUUGCGGUUCUUCAGAGAAGAAGCUCAAAACAUAGUUUCCGCUUUUGUUUCCACUUGGGUUUCAUUCGUUUGGAGGUAACUUUAAAAAGAAAAAGGCAGCAAGACAAGUCAUUGAUUUGGACGCGGAGCACUCAUUGGUUGUGUUCGGAAUAAUUCGCUCUGCGUUAAGGAUUUUUAGUGGACUUUUCGUUGCUUUGGUGAGUUGAGAAGAUUUUGCCAUUUUUGUCUGAAUGACAUUCCUUGACUUAUUUCAACAUUGUUCCUUAUCACCAAGAAGCCACAGGAUGCGGAAGGAAUACUGAUACUAAACUGGAAAAUAUGAGGCAGUUAAUUCAUUAGCUGCUAUUGACAGUGAUAGACAAAGUAGGGUUGCUCUGAAAAUGAACUGUUUUUACAUUGACCAUUGACCACACAGUACCUUUGGCAUAUUACCACUUACUAACGCUGAAACAAAAACAUAAUCAACCUUCUUACUAUUUUAACGGCUUUUAUGUUUUUCAUAAAUUGAUCUAAAUAAAUAGGCAGCUGUUGACGAUGACAAGGAAAAUCACAGCCAACACUCACAGGUCAAAUAGAUUCGACAUCUCACUCCGUCAAUGGCAAUUAAUGAAUUAACUAAUGUUUGCGUAUAAAAUUCCCUUUAUUGUGCUUAGGAACUAGGGAAGGAGUGAAUGAUUCCAAGCAUGGCCAUUUUGUUAUCGGUUGUUAUCGGUUGCAUUUUUUUUUUCAUUGCCUUGGAGGUCACAUACGUUUAAAAAAAAAAAAAAAAAGUAAGGACUCACAAUUUAAUUUUGAGUUUUUCAUAUCGCGCAAAUAACUUCUGUUUAGGCAUUUUUCUUUUAGUUUCUGGAGGCAUCGUAAGACGAAGAAUGCUUUAGUGUUAAUACCAUUACAAAGCAGACAUGUUUUCUGUCAAUAAAAAGACUUGCUUGGUCUCCAGACCCAAA